AUGCUGUCCGCAUUCAAGGCACAGUCCAUCUAUGAGCUCAAGCAACGCGACAAGUCCAAGGUCGAAUCCCUUCUGGCAUACGGCGACCGACUACUGGUUGGACUCAAUAAUGGCGCCUUGCGCAUCUUCCGAGUGAAUGAGGGCAGCAAUGCGGAGGAUGAACUACUGCGCGAGGAAGAGAAGUUCAGUAAACGACCCAUACAACAACUGGCCAUCGUGAAGGAGGCCAACUUACUGGUCAGUCUGAGCGAUACAUAUGUAUCUCUCCAUGAUCUCCAGACGCACAAAUUGGUCGAGCGAUUAGAACAAACGAGAGGCGCCGCUUGCUUCGCAGUGACCAGUAAUGUCGUCAAAGACCCGGACACAAAUGUUCCAAGCUUGGUUUCUCGACUUGCGGUGGGAGCAAAGAGGAGGGUACUCUGUUGGACAUGGCAGGAUAUGGAGCUUCUUCCAGAUGUCGUCGAGAUCAGCUUGGAAGCGAGUAUCAAGAGUUUGAACUGGGCAGAUGGCAACCGCCUCUUUGCUGGCAUGGAUCCGGGCUUCAGUGUGGUGAACAUCACGACAAAAGAGAUUACGGCCGUACACAAGCCCACGCAAAACAAUGGAACAGACUUGAGCUCCGGAGAACUGGCGGGUGUUCGCUUUGGUGCUGUCAGUAGCAGCGGAAUGGGAUACAUGGGAAUGGGAAGUUGGGUUCCAAAGCCGAUGGCAACGUGGAUAGCUGGGGAUCAAGUCUUGCUGGCCAAGGACGUCAACACGCUGUUCACAACUACUGAAGGAAAACCACUCGAGAGGAGACAGGUGCCUUGGUCGCUCGCGCCAGAAGCCAUCGGCUACAGCUAUCCAUACCUCCUUGGUCUUCAACCGCCAGAGAAGGGCGCCCUUCAGAUCCGCAAUCCCACCACUUUGACCUUACUCCAAUCUGUCGCCGUUCCUGGUGCCAUGAUUCUGCACGUUCCUCAGCCCAACAUCAGCCUGGCCCACGCUGGAAAGGGCUUCCUAGUAGCCUCAGACCGUGUCAUCUGGCGGAUGAAUGCACUUCCAUACGACACGCAACUUGCCGAGCUGGCAGAAAAGCAGCGAUUCGACGAAGCAAUCAGCCUGCUUGAACUGCUAGAGGAUACACUCAUCGACGAUAAGGCUGGGCGCAUUCGUGAGAUCAGGACAAGGAAAGCCAUAUCAUUGUUCCAUCAGCAGAAAUAUCGGCCCGCGCUGGAUUUAUUCACCGAUGCUGGAACAUCUCCGGAUCGCGUGAUAGCUCUCUACCCGAGAAGUAUCGCUGGAGCAUUGUCGAGUAUACCAGACGAACCAAGUGAGCCCGAAAAUCCUGUUGCAGAGGGUAUUGAGGACUCGAACAAGGACGCCCAGUCUACACCAACGAAGAGUAUGUUCGGAUUGCUCAAGGGUGGCCCGAAGAAAAUGGAUUCCGAUGCAGCCUCACUCAAAUCUCCGGCGAAAAUAGACAGCGAUAAUAUCAGUAUACGCCCGAAAGCUACCAAGGGCGCGGAGAAGCCUUUGGAGGGUGCAGACCUCAAGCUCGCCGCUGGCUGCCUCAACUCGUUUCUUGCACAAGCUCGAGUUCAGAUGCAAAAACAUCUCACUCCGGACGGAUCUCUAAAAGAGUACCCACCUGCACUCGACCCUGGGACGGGCAAACCUGCGUUUGCAGACCUUCUUUCAGAUUCUGUUUUUGAGCGUAAAGCAGGCGACAUCGACUAUCAGGCUGAGCUUCUCAAGACGGCUCAGCUGGUAGACACAACCCUUUUCCGCUCUUACAUGCUAGCAAGUCCAUCCCUUGCCGGUUCGUUGUUCCGACUCGACAAUUUCUGCGAUCCUGAUGUCGUCCAGGCGGCACUUUACGAGGGUGAGCGAUACAACGACCUCAUUGACUUCCUCCACGGCAAACGUUUGCAUCGCCAGGCACUGGAAAUGCUUGCCAAAUUCGGCAAAGGUCAAGCCGACGGAGAGGUUCCUGAAGGCAUGCAAGGGCCCGAGCGAACGGUGGGAUAUCUCAAGCAGCUUCCACCAGAGCUUGUUGAUCUAAUACUGGAGUUCGUUCGCUGGCCCAUUGACGAGAUGCCAGAGGUAGGAACGGAGGUAUUCUUGGCCGACACCGAUUACUCUGAACGCCUGCCUCGGCAGCAAGUCCUUGAGUUCCUGGCCAGUGUCGACCGAAAACUUGAGAUCAGAUACCUCGAACACAUCAUCGGCGAGCUUGGCGAAAAUGGCGAGGGCUUUCAUCAGCAGCUGAUUGAUCUUUACCUGGCAGAGCUCAAGCAGAAUGAUUUUGACGAGGAGAGUCGCGUAGAAGUCAAAGGUAAGCUCGAAGCAUUCAUGCUGAAGAGCAAAGUCUACAACAAACGCAAGACAUUUCAGCAAUUGUCUGCCACGGAUCCGGUCUUCUACGAGGCACGAGCCAUUGUGCUCAGUGCCAUGGGCAACCACAAACAAGCACUUUCAAUAUAUGUCUUUCAAAUCAUGGAUUACGAUAAGGCGGAGAACUACUGCAACAAAGCUUACCUGGAAGAGCAAGCCGAUCAUCAAGCGUGCCUCAUUGAUGGCAGUGCCACCCACGAGAAGUCUUACAAGCAGUUCGAUGCAGAGGACUCGUCAACGAAACCCAACAUAUUUGCGAUACUGCUGGGGUUGUACUUGCGGCCCCCUGCCGGCGAAGACAAGCGCUGGCCGCAGGCACUUGAACUUCUUAGCAAGCAUGGCGCCCGUCUGCCAGCCAGCAGCACUCUCGACCUUAUGCCGGAUGACCUUGCGGUGCAGGAGCUACAGGACUACUUCCGGGGACGCAUCAGAAAUGCGACCUCCAUCCUGCGAGAGGAAAUGGUAGUGAAGAGUCUUGAAGGCGUGCGUCGGGCGAAUACGGAACGUCUCCUGUCUCUCGGACCGGACAGUGUUCAAAGUGAGAAGCCGAUGGGACGCAACAGACGAGUGAGGAUUGGAGAAGAUGACCACUGCAAGGUGUGUCACAAGCGGUUCGGUGCCAGCGCGGUGCGCGUGUAUCCGGACAACGAGGCUAUACAUUACGGCUGUAUAGGGAAAAGUGGAAUAAGGAGAGCGCCAGAAGGUGGUCUAGGGGGAAUGCGAAGGUCUGCUGCAUGGAGUUGA